CACAUCACCACCUGCAGUUUCGUGGCUCCCUGGAACGGUCUGAGCUUAGCUCAGCGCCGGGGCUUCACCAAGACCUACACUGUUGGCUGUGAGGAAUGCACAGUGUUUCCCUGUUUAUCCAUCCCCUGCAAACUGCAGAGUGGCACUCAUUGCUUGUGGACGGACCAGCUCCUCCAAGGCUCUGAAAAGGGCUUCCAGUCCCGUCACCUUGCCUGCCUGCCUCGGGAGCCAGGGCUGUGCACCUGGCAGUCCCUGCGGACCCGGAUAGCCUGAAUCCUGCCGGAGAGGAAGCUGAAGCCUGCGCAGUGUCCACCCUGUUGCCACUCCCAUCUUUCUUCUAGACAAUGAAAUAAAGAGUUACCACCCAGCA